AUGCCUAAGAAGAAGAGUCGAUCGUCGUCUUGCAAUGGAGCAGCAGAAGUUCCUAGAGGCUUUGAGGAGCUCCUGCCUGCCGUUCCUGGAAAUACUAAGUCCACUUUGAGGCCUCAAUUGUUGAGGGUGGCUAAGUGUUUUGAGGUUCGUCACAGUGCAGUGAGCGGGAUGGGCUUGUACGCGUCGGAGGACAUUCCAGAGGGGUGUAUUCUGUUGGAAGAGCAACCAGCGGUCAUCAUAGCACCCCGCAGAGAAUGUGCGGUUGCGGGUACGCUGGACAAUCUCCUGUGGAUCAUGAAGAACUUCUCAGAUGCUAGAAAGCUCCGACAGGUAAAUGGCGACUUGGAGGCCUUGCCCGAUGGUAUAAAGGAUGAUAUUAACUCGUUCGCUCAUUUCUUCUCCCAUGAGCAGUCAGCUAAGUGGCUGGCCCGGCCCGAGCCGUGGAAAGCAGUAAUGAAUGUCUUCGAUGACGAGGAGGAAAGUAAGCCUGGCGGCCUCGCUGCUCACGCUAAUGAGUUGAAUGUGUGUGUGUUUGCAGCACCUAGCGAAGCGUUGUGUCGAGAUUUCAUCGCUACUUUUGAGGACUUCAGACGGAAUCAUAGUGAUAGAGAAGUGAGUUUUUAUGAGGUUGUUCUACGUUGA